UUAUUUUUUUCCAUGAUAGCUAGAAGAAAGAAUUCAGGCUUUUCAGGAAAGAAUGAAGAAUCGGUCGAUAAAUAAGCAUAGGUUUUAUGUAGAUUGUAAAAAAGUAGUUGAAUAACUUCAGAGGAUAGCUAGCAGAAAGAUAAAGAAGACAUCCAAAUCCUAAUAAAACCCCGCAUCUAUAAUUAUUAAGAAUUAUGAAGAAAAGGGUGCAAUUUUAAAUGAGGAAUUGAACUUGUGGCAGACAUCAUAUAAACCAUAUGUAACGUACUUGAGAUACUUUUUGGAAGCAUGUGAUGACAGGAAUAACUAGAAAAGACCCUGGUGUAUCUCUGGGACCUGCAAUGACAAGUCUGAACAUUAGCCAUGCAGAGAAAACCAGUGAAAUGUCUUCAAAGCAGCCAGCGCCAAAAGUGCAGGUUCAGCGAUCCAUUUCCCGAGAAACCAUCACCAUUCAUUUCUCGGCAUUUGGGAAGGAGGAGGAGGAGGAGGAGGAAGAAGAAAAGUGUACGGAGUCUCCCCCUGAGACACCCGAUGACCAAAGCAUUGUAACUGCACUUGAAGCUAAGGAAGACCUAUGCUUUGAUCAUGGUGAGCAGAACUCUUUUGUUCCCACUACCUCGCUUUUUGUGGCUGCAUCUCCCACAGUUCUGCCAACUGUGAAACCCUUGGAGUCCCAAGGGUUUAGUGUGGUGCCAUUGGCUGCAUCACCCUCCUCAGAUUUGGGCCAAGCCCCUAGCCCACUUGGUGUGGCAUUGCCUUCAGAACUGAGAACCAGCCUUUCAUCUUCUCCUUUGUCCUCCCCUUCCAAGUCACAUGUCUCGUCUAGCACGCCAACCACUGUGACUAGCUCAAAGCCUUUCAUGAGCUUAGUCAAAUCCCUUUCCACAGACAUUGAACCAAAAGAGCCGUCUCUACCCACGAGACAUAGACAGUUAAUGAAAACUCUGGUGAAGUCUCUGUCCACAGACACUUCUAAGCAGGAGCCGGAAACAGUGUCGUUCAAACCACCUGACUCUAAAUUGAACUUGCACCUCUUCAAACAGUUCACCCAGCCUCAAAGCACAGGUAGCGAUUCCAAAACAGCCCCCUCGUCUCCCUUAACAUCUCCAGACACUCGCUCCUUUUUUAAAGUACCUGAAAUGGAAGCCAAAAUUGAGAACACAAAGAGGCGUUUUUCAGAAGUGAUUUAUGAGCCUUUUCAGCUCUUCAGCAAAAUAAUGAGUGAUGAGAGUAGCAGCCACAGGCCCAAAGCUUUAUCGUCAAGUGCUUCAGAACUGUCCAAUCUCUCCAGCUUGAAUGGCCAUUUGGAAAGCAAUAAUAACUAUAGUAUAAAGGAAGAAGAAUGUGAUUCGGAAGGAGACUUCUAUGGAAGCAAUUCCAGUGUAAAUAAGAGUACCAAAACCCAAGCCACUGAAGGACGCGCAAAAGAAAUUGAACCUAGAAGCUCCCCGUUUUUAAGCACAAAGGAUUCUAGUUCUAAGACUUCUCUGGUACUUGAACGCUGUUGCCUGUCGGCCCUGGCAAGUAAGGAAGAUGAAGAGUUCUGCGAGUUGUAUUCUGAGGACUUCUGCUUAAUAGAAGAUGAUAGAGAAGACCAACAAUUGGAGAAUUUGGAGAAGAUAGAGGUACAAGAAGAAAUUUCUACACUAAUUAGAAGUGAAGGUGGAAUUGAACUACCAGCACCACAAGCUAGGCUUCCGAUGAAGACGCUGUACUUUCUCACCAUGUUGAUCUAUGUUUACCUUAUACUUCCUCUCCCUAGUUACAUCAGUGGACUUUUCUUGGGAAUUGCUAUUGGAUUUAUUAUUGCUACCUGCAUAAUUUGGCUUUUUACACCAAGUGCUACAAAUAACAGGCGAUAUUCCGAUUGGAACAGCCAGCUUAAUGCAGAAGUUCUGGAUAUUGAGGAGCCUGAGAGAUAUAAGGGCUGGAUGAAUGAGAUCUAUAAUUAUGAUCCAGAAACCUAUCAUGCUACGUUGACUCACUCUAUUUAUGUGAGACUCGAAGGAAGCAUCCUGAGGCUUUCAAAACCUAACAAAAAUAUUUCCAGAAGAGCUUUUUACAAUGAAAGCAAGCCAGAUGUUACCUACAUUAGCCAGAAAAUUUAUGAUCUUACAGAUAGUAAGAUUUAUUUGGUUCCCAAAAGUUUGGCUCGAAAACGAGUCUGGAAUAAAAAGUAUCCAAUCUGCAUUGAGCUUGGGAGACAAGACGAUUUCAUGGCCAAAGCCCAGACUGAUAAAGAAAUCUCAGAAGAAAAAAUCUCUGUAGACAAGGAAAACCUAAGCACUGAAGAAAUCUGGAAACCCUCUCAGGAUGGAGCAAAGUCUGGGACCCAGAAGAACCAAGUGCUUUAUUUAUUUGCAAGGACAGGUCGAGAGAAAGAAGAAUGGUUUAGGAGAUUCCUUGUCGCCCAAAAAUUAAAAUCUGAAGAAAAAAAGCCAAUUGUCAUUUGGGGAAACAAGUCAGGCUUCUUGCCAGCACAUAGUCGAUCCAAUAGCCAGUCUGGGAUUCUUACACACAGCCGCAGCAGCAGUAAAGGAAGUGUAGAAGAAAUCGUUCCUCAGCCAAAGCUGAAAGACCUGGGUUCCAACAUCAGGCAGAAAAUACUUUUAGACUAUAAGGUGUACAUGGCAAGGUGCAUUCCGCCAGAACUCCCAAGCCCUGCGGUUAGUCCCGAUCACAGUGCUGACAGCAGCCCCACAGCCGUGAAAAAGUUGCUAACCACCUCCCAUAGUGAAGAUGAAGAACAGGAAGCCUGGAUCAAUGCUCUGCUGGGAAGAAUCUUCUGGGAUUUCUUGGGAGAGAAAUAUUGGUCUACUUUGGUGUCAAAGAAAAUACAGAUGAAGCUCAGCAAAAUAAAGUUGCCAUACUUCAUGAAUGAAUUAACACUAACGGAAUUGGACAUGGGAAUUGCACUGCCGAAAAUCCUUCAAGCCUAUAAACCUACCAUUGAUUAUAAAGGACUUUGGAUUAACCUGGAAAUAUUGUACAAUGGAUCUUUUCUGAUGACCCUCGAGACAAAGAUGAAUUUGACCAAACUUGGGAAAGAACCUCUGGGUGAAGCAUUAAGAUCCGCAGAAUUUGGUAAAGAAGGUUUCAGGCCAAGGGCAUAUUGCCUAGCAGACAGUGAUGAAGAAUCUUCUAGUGCAGGAUCCUCAGAGGAAGAUGAUGUUCCAGAAGCAUCAGGAAGCGAAAAGACUUUAGUGGCAGGAGCAGAAGGGUAUGGAUCAGGGCACCGAGCAAGUAAAAUAAUGAGAUUUGUGGAUAAAAUUACCAAGUCAAAAUAUUUCCAGAAAGCGACCGAGACAGAAUUUAUUAAGAAAAAGAUUGAGGAAGUCUCCAAUACACCGCUUCUGCUCACCGUUGAGGUUCAAGAGUGUAAAGGGAUGUUAGUAAUUAACAUUCCGCCCCCACCUACUGAUCGUAUAUGGUACGGUUUCCGAAGACCCCCUUAUCUGGAGCUAAAAGCUCGGCCAAAGCUUGGUGAAAGAGAAGUUACUUUGGUUCAUGUAACUGAGUGGAUAGAGAAGAAACUAGAACAAGAAUUUCAGAAAAUUUUUGUCAUGCCAAACAUGGACGAUCUUUAUAUUCCUCUAAUGCACUCAAUCAUGGACCCCCGCUCAUCUAUGUGCACUUCAAAAGUUACUGAAGAUACCGAAUUGGAACAGCCAUGAAACGUAAAGACUGCAGUUUACAGUAUUAACAGAUGUCGUUUUCAUGUUCUCUUUCAAAUGAAACAGUCUAGCUGA